AAAGCAUGUGGACCUGAACUUUAAAUUAUACCCAGACAUUCAGCAGGAAAAUACUGACAUUUUAUUGAAAAUAUUUAAUAUACAGAAAUAUUCACAGUAAACUGAAAAUAUUGUAACUGUGACAAAAUAUUCAGAUUGGUCCCAAAUCAUAUAUUAUUUGAUAAUAUUUGAAGUGUAAAAACAUAUCGGACUGUUCAAAUGAUUUUAUUCUAUGUCUUAAAUACUCAUAUUGUCAAACUAAAAUGUAUCAGACAAAUAAUAAGUGUUCAAAGAACAUUUAGAGGGUUUCUGUUGUUGUUGGUUCUCAGUGCACUUGUGUAAGUUACAGUUUAAAUCAGACUGGCAGCAGAAGUGGGAUUAUUAGUAUUUUAUCAGUAGUUUCAUUGCAGUUUACAGAGUGAAAACAUCUAUUUUAACACAAACAUCAGACAGAAACAAAGAUCAGAUCCGUCUGCAGGGAACAGACUGAGACAGUCGGUGAUGUGCAGCACAGACAGGAUGCAGUCCUCCAUCUCUAUGGUAACCGUGUGCUGCCUGUUGCUCCUCGGCUCCGCCUCCUCUCCCCUUUGAAACCACACGACAGCUUCAGCUGAGCUGUCAAUCGGCAGCAGCGGCCUUAUCUGUCCGCCGCAGGGGCUGAUGGGAGGUCUGAGGACCUGUUAGAAACCACGUGGCCCUCGUCUGAUCUCGCAGCUCGUCCUUGUUUGGCCUCGGCUGCAUCAGAGCGCCACUUCUCCCCAGGUUCGCCAGAGGAAACGCCACUGCACACAAUGCUUUCCCUCCCAGCUGCUGCUCUGUGCUGUCUGUGUUCAGCGCUGGUUGCCAUGGCAGCAGAGCUGAUUCAGGAUGAUUUAACAUUGACCAGGAGAGUUGGUGAAGCUGUCUCCUUCAGCUGUGGAGGAACUGACCAGUGUGAUGGCAGUUAUGUAUUCUGGUACCAGAAGAAAGACACAGAAACAUUCACACGGAUUCUUAGAAUUACCAGGAGUAGUGGUCAAGUUUAUUCAGGCUACAGUCAUCCUCAGAUAAAUGAUUUCUCAGCUGUGAAUAAACAGAACGGCUGUGAGUUGAAGAUCCAGAAAGCUAACGUCUAUCAUUCAGCCUCCUACUACUGCUCCUGUUGGAAGAGAGACGCCGGAGCAAACAAAUACUACUUCAUCUUUGGCUCUGGAACUAAACUGUAUGUAACAGAUGAUCAGGUGGUGAAGCCCGUGGUGAGCGUGUACCCAGCAGCAUCCAGAGGCCACCUGGAGGGGAAGAGCUCCCUGCUGUGUCUGGCCUCAGCCAUGUUUCCUCCUCUGGUCCAGAUCUCCUGGAAAAGACGAAAGGAGAACGGUCCUCUGGAGGAUCUGCCCCCUGCUGAGGGAGAGCAGCUGGAGCUCAGAGAGUCGGGACGCACCGCCGCCAUCAGAGUGAUUGACCGGGACGCUCUCCACACAUAUAAAUACCGCUGCUACGUCCAGCACGAGGGGGGCACAGUGGAGGCCCAAACAGAACAAGAGGUUUCUGCACCAACAUCACCUCCAACAUCACCUCCAACAUCACCUCCACCAUCAACUCCACCAUCACUUCCAACAUCACCUCCACCAUCACUUCCACCAUCACUUCCACCAUCAAUUCCACCAUCACCUCCACCAGCAGCUUCAGUCCAGUCUCAGUGCAGGGUGAAGCUGCUCUGUCUGCUGUACACAGUGCUGAUAGUGAAGAGUCUGGUGUACUGCUGUGGACUCUCUCUGCUGAUGAUCCUCAGAAACAAGGGACUGUCCACCAACUGCAAGCAAGAGACUGACUGACUGUCUUCCAGCAGCUUUGACUUCUUACUGACUGUUAAAGUCCGAAAGCCUGAAGAUAAAGUCCAGAGCUGGUCCCUGUAGUACAGAAUCUGAGAAGCCUAUUAUCUCAGACUCAUCUUCCUCUUUUAAAACAAACAAUUAAUUGAUCCGACUAACAAGUUCUGUCUUUGUAGCCAAAACCUGAACUUCACAUAAAUGUCCAUCGUUGACCGGCAACAAUAACACAACACAUAUUGUUGCAUUUGGGUUAAAUAUUCCUUCAUUAUGAUGAACAUGGUUCAUUGUAGUUGAUUGUUUUCAGUGGUGUAAACAAUCUUGCCUGUGAGCAUGCUCAGUGUCGUCUACCCAACAUGGAGCGAUUAUCUAGAGACAGGAAAUGCAGCUGAGCUGUUUCAGAAUCAGCGUCUCUGUUCAUGUUAAUUGUAAUAAAACAACAUGUCACCCAGUGCAACAGUGCAGCUCGCUGAUGUGUUUAGUUUUUGGACAACAGUGGAGCUCUGUGGCUCAGAGGAAGAAGAUCCAUCAGGCUUUGUGUAGUCAGUGAUUUUGUUGAUACAAACUAUAAAGAUAAAAUAACAGCAGCAUCAUCCUUUAAUCCAUUUUGAAUGAUAACAUAAAAGAGUUUCCCCUCAGGGAUCAAUAAAGUAUUUCUGAUUUCUGAUUCUGACAUCUCAUUAUCUGGAGAUAACAAAUGUUGAUGAUACAGAUAAUAUUAAAAAAACUGUGAUCUCAGGAUAACUUCAUUAAAAAUCUACUUAUGAGAUAUGAUGAGAAGAUAACAGGCUUACUAAGAACUCCCAAAACAACUCAGUAUUUUUCUUAUAUAAUGCUUAUUUUAUAUAUAAUAGUGAAUAUUUCUAUUGUUACCAGCUUUAGUUGCUGUUUUUUAUCCAGUGUUGUUCUGUGGUUUUUGCUGAAAUUGUAUUGACUAGCAAAAUCUGUUUUCUAUGUAAUGUUCAGUUUUCUCAUUCUUAUUUCUAUUAGUAAUAGCAAUUAUGCUUUUAUUCUUUAUGAUUGUCUAUUUGUCUUAUUCUUUGAUUCAAUGUCGCAAUAAAAUAAACAAAAACAUGAAACUUUA